AUGGGCCUGUCGAUCUUGUACAUCAGCAACCGCAGACUGGCUCGGCAGGCGGGCCAGAGCAUUGAGGCCAUUGCCAUUGCCAUUGCCCGUCGCGGGCUGGAGGAACAACAACCCGGAGUCUUUGUCGCCGAGACGGAUGCUGUUGCAGAAGGAGAAGGCGAGAUUCGAGUCUUGGACGAUGACGUACAACUAAUAAUCCCCCUGGUCGGAUCCCAACUCCAGUCAACACCACAUCCGAACUGGAUACACCCUCCAGGCACUGACGCCUUUCCUCGCUACGAAAAGUAUACGGCCUUGGUCGAGCAGGCAGACGGCCUUCCCGAACUGGUGUACACACCCUUUGAGGAGGCUGUCCAAGACGACGUGCUCCAGGGCUGGGAAGCAGAAUGGCUGGUCAAUGUGACAUACGAUGCUCAACGCUGGGGACUUUUCAAGGAACCUCGCAUUGACUUUGUAUAUACAUGGGUCAAUGGCUCUGAAGAAGCAUUCCGGAAUACCAAGCAUCCCUACGAGCUCAACUCCACACUGAACGACAAAGAGGGCGCGUGGAUCGCCAGUCAUGGUGAAAAUCGCUACAGAGACUGGGACGAGUUGAAGUACUCGGUCCGUAGCGUGGAGAAGUACGCGCCAUUCAAGAACAAGAUCCAGGUGCUGGUCAACUCCUUGCACACUUCGGCAGGCAAUGCCACAAAGCAAGCGCCGACUUGGCUGGCUGGAAGUGCUGGAAACGCGUUCGAGGUUUUGACUCAGGAGGAUUACUUUGAGCAUGACAAGAAAGGAUGCCUGCCGACUUUCAAUUCCAUCUCCAUUGAGAAUCAGCUGCACAAUACCGAGUCCCGCGUUGACAGACUCUUUGCGCUGUCAGAUGACAUGCUUCUGGGACGCCCACAUGCAGCAUCAGACCUGUAUUCUCCGCUGUUCGGCCCUCUCGUCGCCUUCAAAACCAAUUCUUACAACACUCUUCAUAAGCCCAACGAAGCCGAUGCGAAGAGGUUUGGAGAGAAGCCGUGGUUGAUAUACACGUCUUGGCUCCUCAACCGGCGAUUUGGUGCUCGCAAACGGAAAGGACAAGCACACUUUGGUCACUCGCUUUCUCGCAGGAUUACACGUGAAGCAAUGCAGUCAUUCCCCGGUCCGGCACUACAAUCUGCUUGCUCGAGAUUCAGAGGCGAUUUCGGAUUCCAGCUAUAUACCUGGUUUGCCACGUUUCACUACACAAUCGAGAGGCAUCGGGAAGCUUUGUUAUGGAGC